GAGCAAGCAUAGUGAAGAAUGAUGACCCAUCUCUACAGCUUGGAGACAUCAAUCUCCGCCACCACAAAUCUCUCUCUUUUUCACACCCCCUUUUCACCUUCCAAUGCAGUGUUACCCUUAGCUUCUCCCAAAUCUCUUGCCAGGCUUUUGGAGAAUUCCAAAAAGUCAACAUCAAGAACGCUAACUAGAACAAGUUCCAAAAACCCCACAACUAAGGUGUUGGCCAGUGGUGUAUCCAAUGUGGCAGUAGAAGGAGAAGCUGAUGUUGAAGUUGCUGAGGGGUAUACAAUUACUCAGUUUUGUGAUAAAAUGAUUGAUUUAUUCCUAAAUGAAAAACCCAAGUCGAGAGAUUGGAGAAAAUACUUAGUUUUUAGAGAAGAAUGGAAAAAGUACGGGGAUAGAUUUUACAGUAGGUGUCGAACUCGAGCUGACACAGAAGAUGAUUCUCAAAUGAAGGAAAAAUUAAUUAGCUUGGCUAGAAAAGUUAGGAAGAUUGAUGAUGAAAUGGAAAGGCAUACUGACCUUCUCAAAGAGAUACAAGAAAAUCCAAGGGAUUUGAAUGCAAUUGUUACAAAGAGGCGCAAGGACUUCACUGGUGAAUUCUUUCGGCAUCUGACUUUGCUUUCAGAAACUUAUGACAGCUUAGAGGACCGAGAUGCAUUUGCCAGACUUGGGACUAGAUGCUUGUCUGCAGUCAGUGCUUAUGACAACACACUGGAGAUUGUGGGAACAUUAGAUACUGCACAGGCCAAAUUUGAUGACAUCUUGAACUCUCCAUCAGUGGAUGCAGCAUGUGACAAAAUUAAAAGUCUUGCCAAGAGUAAAGAACUUGACUCUUCUUUGGUGCUGCUGAUAAAUGGUGCUUGGGCUUCAGCGAAAGAAUCAUCUACGAUGAGAAAUGAGGUGAAGGAGAUAAUGCAUCGUCUAUACAAAGCUACACAGAGUAGUCUAAGGAGCAUGGCACCAAAAGAAAUAAAGCUGCUUAAGUACUUGCUAAACAUCACAGAUCCUGAAGAGCGAUUCUCAGCAUUGGCAACAGCUUUCAGCCCUGGUCAUGAACACGAUGCCAAGGAUCCUAAUGCUAUUUACACAAGUCCAAAAGAGCUGCACAAGUGGAUCAAAAUCAUGCUUGAUGCAUACAACAUGAAUAAAGAAGAGACUGAAAUUAGAGAAGCCAAGCAGUUGAAUCAACCUAUUGUCAUUCAGAGACUUUCCAUUCUGAAGGAGACAGUUGAAGCAGAAUAUUUGGAAAAAGAAGCUAAUACAGAAAAAGAUUCAAAACCAGAAGAAACUGUGAUAUGACAACCUAGCCCAUCGGCGUAUCUGUUGCUUGCCACCAAUUUUGUUUUUGCUCACUGUCAGUUCUCUGCUUAAAAUUUGUUUUCUUUGGUGAUUUAUGCAUCUCCCUCAUGCACCAGCAGUAGUAGUAGUAGUAGUAGUAGGUGAUCGCUUGUUGUAACUUAUAAUUUUCUCUUCUGAUAGAGCCCUUCUUAUAUUUAGUAAGUGGAGUUGGGGGCUUGAUUUCAAAUUGAUGUUUGUUUAUGAAAUUUACACAUAAUUUCAAUUUUUUAUUUCAAAUCUCAAAUUCUCUAAAACGUAGGAUUUGAAAUUUCAAAUUUUGUAAAAU